UCCUAUCCACCCUCCACUCCCCCAUCCCUUGGUGACUCAUCCCUGCGCUUCCCAAGGAAGCCCCCACCCUCUGCCCUUUCCUCCCCUUCCAUGAGUGGAAAAUCCACCCCCCCACCCAGGCAGGCCUGCCCCCUUCCUCCCCAGCCUCCAGCCCAUCCCCCAAUGCGCAGCUUCCUUUCCAAGCAGAGGGAGCAAUCACAGUCACAGGGCAGGACGGUGGCUUCCUCUGCUGGGAGGAAUUGAGGGGCUGGGCCCCCAAAGAGGCCCCUGGCUUCCCCCUUCCUCCGGGCAGGGGACAGAGAGACUCAGGGAGAAGGCACCGACUUCCUCUUGUCUGGGACCGAGCAUGCCUGCCCUUUGCAAGGGGGUCUGGGUCUCUCACGCAGAGGAAACCAGAAGCGGUGAGAGGGAGGGAAGGCCCAGCGACCAAUCAAAGGCAAGGUGAGGUGCAAAACCAGCGGCUCCCCGGGGGCCACUCACAGGCGGGGGGGCCAUGGCGGAGCUGCAGCAGCUGCAGGAGUUCGAGAUCCCCACCGGCAGGGAGGCGCUUAGGGGAAACCACAGCGCUCUGCUGCGCGUGGCCGACUACUGCGAGAACAACUACCUGCAGGCCACAGACAAGCGGAAGGCGCUGGAGGAGACCAUGGCCUUUACCACCCAGGCCCUAGCCAGCGUGGCCUACCAGGUGGGCAACCUGGCUGGGCACACCCUGCGCAUGUUGGACCUGCAGGCAGCUGGCUUGCGGCAGGUGGAGGCCCGAGUGAGCACACUGGGCCAGAUGGUGAACAUGCAUAUGGAGAAGGUGGCCCGAAGGGAGAUCGGCACCCUGGCCACCGUCCAGCGGCUGCCCCAGGGCCAGAAAGUCAUCGCCCCAGAGAGCCUGCCCCCCCUCACACCCUACUGCAGGAGACCCCUCAACUUCGGCUGCCUGGAUGACAUUGGCCAUGGGAUCAAGGACCUGAGCACUCAGCUGUCGCGGACCGGGACCCUGUCUCGCAAAAGCAUCAAAGCACCUGCCACACCCACCUCGGCCACGCUGGGGAGAGCGCCCCGGAUCCCUGAGCCGGUGCAGCUCCCCGUGGUGCCUGACGGCAAACUCUCCGCUGCCUCCUCAGUCUCUUCUCUGACCUCUGCGGGCAGCGCUGAAGGUGUCGGUGGGGUCUCUCAGACCAAGGGGCUGGCCGCACCCCCACCCCCACCUCUCCCCAGUUCCAUGACUCCACCCCCUCCACCUGUCCUGGCCUCGGCUGACGUCUUCCUGCCGCCCCCCGAGCUAACAGAAUUGACUCCUCUGGACCUGCCCCCACCUCUGGACCUGUCCCAGCCUCUGGAUCUGCCCCAGCCUCUGGACCUGCCCCCGCCCCCACUCCCUGAUGCGGAUGAACUGGGGCUGCUGCCUCCGCCCCCACCAGGCUUUGAGACUGAAGAGCCCAGUUGGGUUCCAGCUUCCUACCUGGAGAAAGUGGUGACACUUUACCCGUACACCCGCCAGAAGGACAACGAGCUCUCCUUCUCUGAGGGCACUGUCAUCUGCAUCACCCGCCGCUACUCAGAUGGCUGGUGCGAGGGCGUCAGCUCAGAGGGGAGUGGAUUCUUCCCUGGGAACUAUGUGGAGCCCAGCUGCUGACAGCGGAGGCUCUGUGGGCCACCGACCCAGGCUCCACCCAGAGAGUCCGUAGAGCUGCAGGCCAAAGCCAACCCCAAAGUCAAGGCUGUCUUCUACACCGGCCCACCUCCCUGGGCUUAAGCUGUGUCUGCCCCUUUCCACAUUGUGGCAGGGAGGCCCUGGGGCUAGAGGAGAUGCCCAGAGGCCCGGAGCAGACAGGAAAGAACCCAGCCAAGGAGUUUGGUGAUUUUGUCCAUAAAAGGGCCCCCAUCCAUGCAAGAUGGGGUCUCCAGCUGCAAGCGCCAACUUGGAAUAAAACUGCUGACUUGAUGACUGCCCUGCAGGGCUGAGGAGUCAGAGCAGCGAUUGAAAGGUAUCCCCGCUG